UUCCAUCUAUCUUUCUAUUUCAUACUCACCUCCCUUAUUUAAACUUUUUUCAUAGAAAAUAAUAAUAGUAUCCGUCUUUGGUUCUUCACACAAAGGGUCCCUUUUUUCUAGCUGUUAUUUUCACGGGGAAAGUCAAUUUAAAACCGAAAACAGAUCAGCAAUGCCGUUGCUUGUUUAUCUUUCGCAAGUUAUAGCAUUGUCGAUCUUGUUCAUCCCUGAGGUGUGUCUCGCCGGUAAAAACAUUCCGGCAAGUUUUGUGUUCGGAGAUUCAUUAGUGGAUGCCGGAAACAACAACUAUUUAACCACAUUAUCAAAGGCUAACUAUGAUCCUAAUGGGAUUGAUUUUGGAUCGGCUACAGGAAGAUUCACCAACGGAAGAACCAUCGUCGAUAUCGUAAUUCAGGCAUUAGGUUCCGAUGAACUAACUUCACCGAACUUAGCACCCACGACAAGAGGAUCCCUCGUUCUCAAAGGCGUAAAUUAUGCUUCCGGCGGAAGUGGAAUUCUUAACUCCACCGGAAAAUUAUUUGGCGACCGAAUAAAUGUGGAUGCACAACUAGACAACUUUGCAACCACGAGACAAGACAUCAUUUCUUGGAUCGGUGAAUCCGCGGCAGCUAAAUUAUUCCGGUCAGCAAUUUUCUCGGUUACAACCGGUUCUAACGAUCUAAUCAACAAUUAUUUCACUCCGGUCGUAUCAAAUCUUGAACGGAAAGUCGUGCCUCCAGAAGACUUUGUUGAUACAAUGAUCUCAAGAUUCAGAUUACAGCUCACCAGAUUGUACCAGUUGGGCGCAAGGAAAAUCGUGGUGAUUAAUGUAGGUCCGGUUGGUUGUAUACCUUUUUCGAGAGAGUCUGAUCCAACGGCAGGAAAUGAAUGCUCGGUGGAACCUAAUGAAGUGGCACAAAUGUAUAAUCUCCAGCUUAAGACUGUCGUGGAUGAUUUAAACUCUAAUCUACAAGGUUCAAGAUUUGUCUACGCAGAUGUUUUUCGCAUUGUUUAUGAUAUCAUCCAAAACUAUGGAUCUUACGGUUUUGAGAGUGAGAAGGUUCCGUGUUGUUCGUUAGCUGGGAAGGUAGGUGGGCUGAUUCCAUGUGGACCAUCUUCCAAAGUAUGUGUGGAUCGUUCCAAAUACGUAUUUUGGGAUCCUUACCAUCCUACAGAAGCUGCUAACAUCAUCAUCGCCCGGCGUCUCCUCUCCGGCGAUACCUCUGAUAUUUUCCCGAUUAAUAUCCGGCAACUCGCUAACCUUAAGCUAAACACAUAAAUCUUGAAGAUAAAAGCCCAUGUAGAUGGGGUUGGCCCGGGUAGCUAUUGGGGUUUGCAUUUUGAUCUAGUUAAUUUUUUGUUUGUUUUAAUAUUUUGUCUAAUCUCUCAAAGAAAUUAGAAGCGCGAUUAAUGUUGUUGGCUUUCCAUUGUUUCACUAAAUCUUCUCAGCAUCUAAGAGCACCUUUAACGGUUAUAUACCGUAAUAGUUUCUUAAAAAAUAAAAUUAUUACUAUUUUAUUUGCAUGUCCAUGCUCAAUUUUUUUUUCUGAAAAUUAAUACUUUAAUUUACUGACAACUGUAGAAUUUAUUCUACAUAAUAUCUAAAGAAACGUAAAAGAUUUAUCUUUGUUCUCUCUCUUACUUUUUGAUUAAUUUUAUUUUUUAAAUGAUGAAAAUUUGGGAAAGAAUUUUAAAGGAGAAAUCUCUUAAAAUAAACGUAAAAGAUAUAUUUAUGGUUAAUUUAAAGAGCUUCGAUGGAUUCAUUGAAGUCUUUAUUCUGAGCUUAUUGCAAUAUCACUCACUUAGGAAGCAGUUUUCGGUGGAUUCACCGGAUCUGUUAUCGUUUUCAUCAUCCUCCUUGGUCGAGGAUAGAAUCUUACAAUCAUACCUCCAUUCUAUGAACGGAGAUGUUCUUUCGGAUUCUUUUCCGAGUUAUUGUUUCAGCUUACUCGCCGGUUUGUUUCCUUGCGUAGCGGUCUGUACGGGGCCAGAAAGUGCAAUCAAGAUUACUUUGGUUUUUCUUGUUGGUGAGGGUUGUCUCUCAACGUCACUUGUGACUAAAUCUCAGCUAUCCGACUUUGCCGGAAAUGCUUUAUCGACGCAUUAAAGCCAUGUCUCGAAUUCGCUGUCAACUUCAUAUGAAGACUUAUUAUGUUUAAUUGCUUUUUUUGUUGUAGUUUAUGGUUUGUCUUCAAGAGGAUGUUUAAUUUCCUCUUGUUAUUGUAGUCGUCAAGUUUGAGUUUAAUGAAAGUUGUGUUUCAAAAAAAAAAAAAACUAAAGAAAUAAAAAAUAGGGAGAAUUGCCAAGUGUGACUCAAAACUUGGAGUCAAACCCAAAACAAUA